AUGUCAUACGGCAGUGAGACGCCGCACGUCUGGAGCAGUUCUGCAGGCAGUGAGGUGUCCCCAUACGGGCCGCUGUGGGACGCCCCGCCCGCGCCGGUGCCCUACCCAGACAUCCUGGCGUUCCCGCCUGCCGACCUGGUUUGGUCGGCGGCGGGAUGCGGUGGCCGUGGGUCAGCGCGUUCGACUCCCUGCGGCAAGAAGCCGCGGCGUCGCGUCGCGUCGGUCGCGCAACGUCGCGCCGCGAACAUUCGAGAGCGACGUCGAAUGUUCAACCUGAACGAGGCGUUUGAUAAACUAAGACGAAAGGUCCCGACCUUCGCAUACGAGAAGCGCCUCUCCAGGAUCGAGACUCUCCGCCUGGCGAUCACCUACAUCAGCUUCAUGUGCGAACUCCUCCAUGGCUCACCACAACCCCACCAUUCUCAUCACACCUUGCCGCCAAGACACGUGUUCGAUGCUGAAGUACCUUGGUGUGCAUAG